AUGCGCCCCCAAAACGUGUAAUAACGGGUGCGUUGAUUGACGGUCACGGAGAAAGAGCCAGUGGCUGUGAGAGAACAGAACAAAUUAUUUACCUCAACAAUUUGCUCUUUUAAUCACACAGAGCAGUAGCCGAUUCGUCGGAUCGGUGCAGUUUAACGCAAUUGUCCGCGACAAAUCGUCAAUUCGCAAUCUGCCAGUUGACAGAAAUUUGAUCACCAUGAGACUCGCAAGGGCUCUGGUGGUGUUAUUUCUGUUCGCUGUAUUUUAUAUUGACAGAUCUUUUGCCGGGAAGAAUUUGUAUGAUGUUUUGCAAGUUCCGAGGGGUGCUCCAGAGGAUCAGAUUAAGAAAGCAUACAGGAAACUUGCAUUGAAAUAUCACCCGGAUAAGAAUCCAGGGAAUGAAGAAGCAACAAAACGGUUUGCAGAAAUUAGUAAUGCUUAUGAAGUGCUCAGUGAUAAUGAAAAAAGAGAUAUCUAUGAUAAAUAUGGAGAAGAAGGUCUGAAACAACAUGCUGGCGGUGGUGGUGGAAGAGGAGGUGGCAUGAACUUUCAAGAUAUCUUCAGUAGCUUCUUUGGUGGGGGGAAUCCUAAUGAAGAAGAGGAGGAUAAAACCGUGAAAGGAGAUGAUGUCAUAGUUCAGUUGCAAGCAACUUUGGAGGAUCUAUACAUGGGAGGCACAUUAAAGGUAUGGAGGGAAAAAAAUGUUUUGAAGCCUGCUCCUGGUAAAAGGCAAUGCAAUUGUAGAAAUGAGGUCUAUCACAAGCAGAUUGGCCCAGGAAUGUUUCAACAGAUCACACAGCAGGUGUGUGAGCAGUGUCCGAAUGUCAAGUAUGAGCGAGAAGGUGAUUAUAUCACUGUUGAUAUAGAGAAAGGCAUGCAGGAUGGACAGGAGAUAGUAUUUUAUGAAGAUGGAGAACCUGUUGUAGAUGGAGAACCUGGUGACCUAAAGUUCAAGAUUUUUACAGCUCCACAUGAAAGGUUUACAAGGCAAGGCAAUGAUUUGCACACUACAGUUACCAUUACUCUGCGGGAGGCUCUUGUUGGAUUUGAGAAAAGUAUUACCCACCUUGAUGGACAUUUGGUUGCUGUAGGCACUAAUGGAAUCACAAAACCUAAAGAAGUCAGACGCUUUCGAGGAGAGGGCAUGCCUCUACAUAUGAGCAACAAAAAGGGGGACCUAUAUGUGACGUAUGAGGUUUUCUUCCCAAGUAAACUAACAGAAGAACAGAAAAGCAAAAUCAAGGAAAUCUUUCCGUCAUGACCGUUUACACCAUGAGUUAUUACAUCCUUGUUGCCAUCAAGUUAUUGGCAUCAAACGGAAACAAAGUUUUGUCGUAUUUGACAGAGAUUAAUACCAAAAAGAGCUCUCCGUUAUAUUCAUUUAGACUUAAAAUCGUAGUGUUUCAGUUAGAACUCCACAUUAUGUGGUGUGGCUUAUCGUUUGUACAAUCAAUAGAAAAUAUAAGUUUCAGCUUAUUUGGCAAGUUA